AUGACUGCCGCUCAGACUUCCACAGCUGGCACGAGCAAAGGCAAUGAUCAGCCCAGACAUGGAGCUGCAAACAAUGCGGGCAGAAAUGACAAUAAGAAGAGAAAGGAGAUUUUCAAGGGAGAUAUUGAAGAGAUGGGUGGUGCGGUGCUCCAGUUCCCACACAAAAGGAAUCGAGGAUCUGCCGCCCAAUAUGAACGAUUUUACAUGGCAUUGAAGGACUAUAUUGGCCGAGAGGUUUCUGUGGGUGCUGCCAAGCUAUGGGCCAAGACCUACUUGAAGGAGAUGGACCCAUCAUGGGAACCCCCAGUCCCCAUCUAG